UUCAAUUCCGCAAUCACCUCAAACAGACGCAUCUCCCUAGUGUGGGCAAGGACCCAUUGUUUAUUUAUUUAUUAUUAUUUUUUUUAAUCGGGUCUAACACGUCAACUCUCGCGGCCCAACAGUGUACGGGUGGAGCCUUCGUCCCCUUGGCGCCGGUACCAACAGACAGCACAUCCCGAGCAAUGCAGAGCCGUCGACGCCGUUUCGCCUCACCUUCUUCUCCUUCUUCCUCGCAUCGCACUUUUCUUGCCCUACUUACAGUUCUUGCAUCGCAAGCACUUCAAGCUUCUGCAGUUGUAGUACCGCGAUCCAAUUGCUACGUUUUCGAUAACACUAGCCGCCUUGUCGAUUUUAGCAGCUGGAUUGGGCAUCCGUUUGAGUACGACGGAGGGGAAACCGACUUGGUGAUUCGGUUUUGCAAAGAUGUGGAGAGUAGAUCACAAACGGGAUAUGUAGAUUUCGGUCGAUUUGAUAAGUACAACAACUUUGUUUCUGGUUCAGGACACGUAGACUAUGUUCAAGGGUUUUACAAUGGAGACCUGGCAAAUUGCGAGACCAGUUAUGAUAAACUGGGACGAACAGCUCAGGUAAACAUUCUAUGUGGAAGUUGUUUAAAUGGACAAUGCAAAGGUGGACUUGGAUGCAUCUGCAAUGUCACUUACGAGUCAACUUGCAGAGUUUUUCUAGAGCUGGCCAUUCCAUGUGAGAAACCAGGACCCCGCGUAUUUAAGGGCUUCACUGUAGGUUUCCAUCCACGGUCAUGGGAGCUUGUUUAUGAUGGCAUGACCCAAAUAGGAUAUGAAAAAUCUCACUGUGAGUUUAGCUUUGGGACCGAGCAGAGACAUGUAACCCUUUAUAUGACUGCAAUGGCUUCCCUUUCCAGUUUGGUGCAAAGACCUAUUAUUAAGGUCUUACCAGAAAGUGGCCUGGAGAUUAAAUUAUCGGGGUCGGGAGCAACUGGGAGCGCGCCUACAACUUUGUCACCGACAAUGUUAAAUGUUGAAUGGAGAUGUGAAAGGGCACGUGAUACUCCGUAUGAAGUGAAUAUCACUAUCCCAGUGGAGGGUUAUGAGCCCAUCCAGUUUUUUCUUGCCAAAAUGUGUGAACAUAGGCAGGAGAAGAGUGGAGAGAGUACGACGGGAUGGGCUACAUUUGGGGUGUUGUCCUGCAUAUUCACCGUAUCAUCAACACUGUUUUGUUGUGGAGGGUUUAUUUACAAGAGUCGAGUUGAACAGAAGCGUGGGAUAGACGCAUUGCCUGGCAUGACAAUUCUAUCUGCUUGUUUAGAAACUGUGAGUGACACAGGGCAAAGCUACACCCGACACGAAGAUCUUAAUACUGCCUUUGCCAGUGAAGCCUCUUGGGAACGUUCUCCUUCUCCUGCUCCUGCAACUAAAGGAACAUCGAAGCCGAAUGAAAGCAGAUACGGUGCAAUUUGAACGUUAUGACCCUGUGAAUAUCAGCUAACUUGUACCAGUAUCACACACGAGGGGUUUGAAGUUUUACUGCAACAUGUUUGUCUUUCAACGAGGCCAAAUUUUCAUAUCACGGUAAUAUUGUAAUUCAAAUGAAUUCAUUUCAUAUCUGUUUUUUAAUUAACGAUUAUCGUUCAUGAGAUUUGAAAUCAAGAUCUCAUCUAGCAAAGGCAAAGACUGACAGUGGCUAGACCACAGAGUCAUACGCUUGUUCGUUAAUAUGUCACGUGCAAUGUUAGGGAUAUUCUAGCUAUAUGUAAUGGCAUAUGCUUUAUUUA